GGCCGCUCAACCGCACACAGUGUCGAUCUGAAGGCCAGUGCCGAUGGUUUGCAUAUCUUGAUACGCACAUGGCAUCGGAACCGGUCUGUCAACACCGUGUCGCGACAACAGACAACUCCUGAAGCUAUCCUGCCUUUCCGUUAGACGAAGCUAAGCAGCAUGAUGUCUGGUCGAUGUGUUAUCGUGCUAGUGGUACUGGUGACCAUUGCACUAUCGCAGCACGUGGUGGAGUCAUACGAUCCAACGGACACGCAAAUUCCCAACAUUGUGCCACCGAACGGAACCUUCGAGGCGUUCUAUCCACGCGAGAUGUACGGUGUAAAGAAUGGGAAUUCACGGCCAGCUCACGCCCACGGUAGCUUCUACGCCCAUCGUAACCCAGCCCUGGUAGAGGUACGGAAUGCAGCCGCUUACGGAUUUCGGUUCGAUGGAAAACGUCGGUUCAACUUCGACUAGAUUUGUCACCUGUUUAUCCUCGAAAUGGAUAAAGAGACCAUCGAAGAUGCGCGCAACUAUCAGCAAUGUUGAAUAAAAUGAAGUAG